UUUUUUUUCCCCCCAAAUUUAUGUAUGUGAAUGUGAAAACGCAAUUUUAAACCACUACUUAACAGUUGACAUUUUCAGGUAUAGAUACAUUUCAUGUUACCCUAUUUUAUUUGAUCAGUUAUCGUUUGCUCUUAUGAACAUGCUCACGCUGUGAUUACUAAUUCUUCAGACUCCUGACGUCAUGAAUCAUUUCACGAACGAAUCAGACCGGGCGCGUGGCCGGUUCUCUCAUCUCGUUCUCUCGUUCUCUCCGCGUUUUCGUUCUUCCGAAUCUUUCAAGGUACCGGCUCUCAAAGAGCCGGUUCUCUCGUUCUCUCCGCAUUUUCGUUCUACCGAAUCUUUCAAGGUACCGGCUCUCAAAGAGCCGGUUCUUUACAUCGCGAACGAAUCGCAAGAUUUCGUUCUCUCAAAGAUUCGUUCUUUUUGAACGAAUCGUUAACGAACGACCCAUCACUAACUGUAACUUUUGAUAGUGUUGUUAGCUGUUUGUUUAUACAAAAUAUCAUUGUUAAAAACAUUUUAAAAAUAUGAAAAAGGCAUCGAAUGAAGACUUCAUGGUGAAGCAGGAGCCCAGUGAGAUAGUUUUCCCUCUAAUCAAAGAGGAGUUGAUUAAUGAACUGCCGGCAGAUGUAGACGUCUGUGUGAAGCAGGAGCCGAGCGAGCUGGGUUUCCCGCCAAUCAAGGAGGAGUUGGAUGAACCAUGUGAAGACAGCUGGCAGCCAGAACCCGGCAGUUCCUCUGCCAGCCAGGACUACACUCUGUGCAAGCAACAAGUGAAGGAGGAGAUAACUAUAGAAGAGCACCCUAUAGCUGCAGGUACUUGCAAUACUCUAUACCUACGGUGUUACGCAGGUUAUACUGGGCAGUAGCUAACACCUUUUGUGUAUAUUGUCACGUGCACCUAGCCGGUGCCACCGCCAUUUCUGUCACGUCUCACUUUCAGAGGGGGGAGAGAAUCGUAGCUCUUUACAUAGAAACAACUCGCUUGGCAUCAACUAGUCUUAACUUCAUAAAAUACUUUACUGUACCUAGGAUCAUAGGUUCGUCAUCCCGUACAGGAUGUCUGGUGAGAGCUGAACUAAGGAGAUUUUGCAAAAUAACAUAAUACUAAAUUAAAAUGAUUUUAUUCUUAAAGUCAAAUAAUCAACAUCAUUUUAAAGAACAUUUAAAUAGCGGGAUUACAAUUUAAAACAAUAAUCUCUUUACUUCCUUAACGAUUGAACGACCUUACAAGAGAGAGAAUGAGAGAACUUCACUAAACACAUCCCUAGUCCUUCCGAAUACCUCAAAUCAUAAUUAAUACUUAAAAUUAAAACAAAGAUAAGUCCAUACUCACAUUUUCCGAAAAGCCUUUCUUGAUCGAUUACUUAAAACUAACGUAGGGGCCUCUCCUGCCCUUAAAAUCCGAACGAACAUUACAUUUUAAAAAUUAUAACUAAACGACUAGUGACGAAGGCCAUUGCCUCCGCCCGAAAGCUUGAAGAUGACUACAUUAUGACCUAACUUAAAUUAAACGACUCGUGGCCUCUGGCGUCGGCCAUAGCUUCCGCCCGAGAGCCUGAAUUCCUACAUCACGAACGAACUAACAACUCGUGACCACAGGUGAGACGCAUAGCCUCCGCCUGAGUGAGCCUGAAUUCCUACAUCACGAACGAACUAACAACUCGUGACCACAGGUGAGACGCAUAGCCUCCGCCUGAGUGAGCCCCGAGUCACCAAUCACUUGCGCUUAAAUUCGCGCGCCCUGCCGCGCCUAGCAUAACAAAAGCUCGUUAUUGAAGUCAAAUUUACUAAACAACUAACUAGAACAUCUGGGAAGACUACCCCCCCUCUACCCCGAUGUGCAGGCCACACCGCGCGGCUUGUUACGACAGCGCGCCCCAGUAACUGCGGCCCGUGGCUGCGCCAGCGCGCGGCCAAACAAACAAACAAAAUUCUGCAAGCCCGCAGCGCGCCGCGCCGGCCCCGUGCCCCAAUUACAUGGUCACGCCACUUGCGCUGACGAGUGAACAGAGCAGCCAGCCCAGAGUCCCGUCAGUAAAGUCCCUAAAUUUGAUUUCAACAACCCUGCAAAAUUUCAACCCGCGACAUAACCCUCCCCUCACAGAGCUCGAGCCCCAUCGAGCUACCUCAAAAUUACAAAUUGUCUUUUUCCAUUAAACCAUAACUAUAAAUUCCUCAUUUCACAAAAAUAAUAAUUUUCUUAGUUCCUUGCUGUCUGAACAUACAUCUAGAUUCUGCAUAAGAUUUAUUUUAAAACAACAAGUAUUCAUAAAAUUAAAUGUAAAACUUUUAUCUGGUUUGUUCUCACAGGAACCUUCAGAGGCUCGAGUUCUCAAUUCUAAAAAAAUUGUUCUGUUAGUGAAGCUCUCUUUACAAAUUAAAUUACUGUUCUUAGUUUCUCAGUAUUCGUUAAACAAUGUGCAAAUUCUUGAUAAUUAUUAUUUUUUUUUUUCAGUUUCCGUUUAUUACCAUACUUCUUUCGUUCUUCAAAAAAAAUUAAGUGUCCUUACAGUGUUUCAAUUAAUUAAACUCUUAUCUCGUGAAGGUUGGUGCAACUCCUCGAAGUCAGUGUUGUCGAGAAGAGUAGCUCCCUGGGCUGGCCAUCAGCAAACACCACUCAACUCCAACAGCUACUGGACUGGCUUCCAGGGCAGCUCACAACAUCUCCCCACAUCUGCUUCGGAGUUGUGCCAUCCUCAUCACGAACAGAUUACAAUUCUGAAACAUCAUCAACAGGCAUUACCAACACGUCUUACAAAUACCGAACUGACAUCUAAACUGCAAUCGAUGGGCAAGGAUGCAAACACACAAAAAAAAUAAAA